UUUCUCAGUUGCACCAAAUAAACCUUGACGCUUCCUCCGUGCUAACAGACGUGAGGUAAAUAUGGAGGAAGAAACACAGUCAGAAGUAGAAAAGAAGGAGAAUUUAGACACUGAAGAGGGGAACAAGCCCACGGGGAAAGAAGAAACCAAAUCCGAUACAAAGAUAGGGGAUACCUUUAAAAAACCGGCUAUUUUUGCGGCGCCUUCGCUUGCUAGCAAACGCAUAAACAACGUAGCAGAAAACAAGGUGGACAAUGUGUGUGAAGCUGCCACCGAUGCUGCUGCUGGAGAAAAUGAGCGAAAAGAUGACAGAGGUGUCGACAAGACUAAGAAACAAGAAGUUAAAGCGAAGGCAGCUUCUGUCAAAGCUGGGAACUUCCCCCCUCUGCCGUACACAGAGCCCCCCUGGGGGGGUCCUCCACCAGAAUCCCCCUACGCAUUGGAAAUCCUCAAAAACGGCACCAUAGUGGACACUGUUACCCUCACACACCGGAGCUACUUUGUGGUCGGGAGGCUACCUGUGUGUGACGUCUCCCUGGAGCACCCGUCCAUCUCCAGGUACCAUGCGGUGAUCCAGUACCGAGGCCACACCGGGGAGGAGGGCUGCGUGGGUGAGGAGAGGGGCUUCUAUGUCCACGACCUGGGGAGCACACACGGCACGGUGGUCAACAAGAACAGGAUCCCCCCGAAGACCUACAUCAGACUGAAGGUGGGACACGUGUUGAAGUUUGGAGGAAGCACCCGGCUGUUUAUCCUGCAGGGUCCGGAGUCUGAUGAGGAAGAGGAGUCCGAGCUGACGGUGACGGAGCUGAGGGAGCGAGCCCGCAAACAGAGAGCAGAGCUAGAGAAGAGAAUGAUGGGAGACCUCUCUGACGGCGAAGAGGAUGAGGAAAAUGGCGAAGGCAAAAAGAGCCAGAGGGAAGCGUCAAAGGAAGACUCUGGAUGCACGUGGGGAAUGGAAGAGGAUGCAGCUCCGGAGGAAGACGAGAACGAGGAAAACCCCUUCUCAACUGAGUUUCACGAAGACCAGGAGGCAGCUUACCUGAAAGACCCGAAGAAGGCUCUGCAGGGAUUCUACGACAGAGAGGGCGAGGAGCUGGAGUUUGAAUACGAAGACAAAAAUCACGGCACGUGGCUCUGCAGGAUAAAGCUGCCAGUGGACGACGCCUUGGGCCGACAGCUGGUUGCCGAAGUGACGCACACGGGGAAGAAGAAGGAGGCAGCCGUCCAGUGCUGCCUGGAGGCCUGCCGGAUGCUGGAGGCCCGAGGGCUGCUGAGGCAGGAAGCAGUCUCGCGCAAACGAAAGAAGAAAAACUGGGAGGACGAGGACUACUACGACAGCGACGACGACACUUUCCUGGAUCGGACCGGCACAGUGGAGAGGAAGAGGCAGGAGCGAAUGAAGAAGGCCGGGAAGAUCGAGGAGCGGACCGAGACCUAUGAGUCUUUGGUGGCCAAGCUGUCCUCUGUGGAGAAGGAGCUGGCAGACGCUCAGAAAAAGCUAAGUAGCGGUACCCCAGGCUCUUCGUCCUCCUGCACGGAGGACUCGCUGGACGCCUUCAUGACGGCAGUGCGGAGCGAGGCUGCGAUGGACGGCGUGGAGCGCAGGAAGCUCCACGUACACGUGGCCGACCUGCGCAAAGAGGCCCAGCGGCUCCGUAAGCUGGUGGACCUGACUCGACCGGCACAGAUGCCCUCGCUGCUCCCCGGUGGAAGCUCUGAGGCGGAGAAGCCCAAGAAGAGCUUACCGCUGUUUGGAGCCAUGAAGGGAGGAAGCAAAUUCAAACUGAAGACGGGAACCAUAGGGAAGCUGCCUCCCAAGAGGCCCAACCUGCCCGCUGAGCUCUUCAACAUGAAAGAGCUUCCACCCGCAGGCGAGGAAGAGGAGGAGAACGAAGAGGAGGAGAACGAAGAGGAAAAAGAGGAGGAGGCGGCAGAUAGGAGUAAAGAUGAUGGAGAUGAAUGCAGCGCCGCCCAAACCAAAACUGACUGUGAAAAAUCCAGCAUUCCUCUGGGUCAGCUGAAAGACUCAGAGGAGGUCAAAGAGCAAAAGCUGAAGAAGAGCGAUAAAGCGGAGCCGCAGGUUCCUCUGAAGCCGUCAGCCACCGUGAGCCCAGAGUCGAAGGCAGGGGGCGAAGCAGAGCCACCAGCAGCAGCAGCAGGGCCCAAUUCCAGGAAGAAGAAGAGAGUGAUGGGCCCCAGCAGGCCUCCAGUGCAGCUGUCAGGACAGUAUCCACAGGAUGACCCUGACUACUCUGUGUGGCUGCCGCCUGCAGGUCAGACAGGAGACGGUCGAACUCACCUCAACGACAAGUACGGCUACUGAGGAGGGCCGACACAGACGUCAACGAGCAAGGAAGCGGCUCGUCGUCAGCCUCAGUGCUGGAAGGGAAGCGGUUGAAUUUACCAGUUUUUGUUUGGAUCAGAGGAGACAAAGCAGCAUCCGAAUCAUCCGGCUUUUUAUUCUUUAGCUGCUCUUCCUGCAAGACGAACCGACCUGACACCUGGUGUGCGCCCCGGUCCCGUUCGGCUUCAGUCGAUCGCUGGCGUAACCUUUAACCGCUUCUCCCCUGCAAAAGGGAGGGAGUGUGUGUAUGUGUGUAUCAGGAAGAGAGGGAGAGCAUAGCAGCAGCUUUUCUGACCAUCUGGACACUUGGAUGGCGUACUAGAUGAAACGUAAGCUGAUAAUGACUCAAGCUAAGUGGAGUGUGUGUUUCCGUGAGCGUACCCACACACACACACAUACAGUCCAAACCCAACCCUCUCAAAGUUCUCUUUUUAACAAGAUUGUCUCUGUGAGAGCUCGGUGAUUCCUUUCUCUGUGAAAUCCCACUCAGUGUUGUUUUCUUAAACUUCAGCCACACGUCCCACCCUCUCUGCAACUGUCUUUUAAACACAACAAUAAUGAAUGGAAACUCUAUUUUGUAAAAUAAUAAAGUAGUGCAUAACUACAAA